UCUUCCUUCGGUCUUAACAUCCAGCCGUGUGUAUCCAGCUGUUCCCGGAUCAGCUGUGACCGGACGGAUCCCCAGCUGUGCGGCUCCAGUCCCGAAGGCAGAGAGCAGGCAGAGGCAGGCAGGGUCGGCCAUGUUGUUGUGUGGGGGGUGGAUGCAAGUUUAGUAGUAGGAAGUGGAGGCUGCACAGAGGAGGAAUACUGCAGGAUCUGUUCUCCUUCUUCUUUUUAUUAAUGUCCCGUGUGGUGGCUGUGAUGCAGCUGCAGGCCUCCUCUUCCUCCUCUACCUCCUCUACCUCCUCCCGCUCCUGCUCCUCUUCAUCCGUCUCCUCUCUGGAACAAUGAGUGACUCCUGCAUCAGCUACGACCUCCUCGCACAUUGCUUUGAUUUAACUUCGGCCCAAAACCCCAGCGCGCACACAGCAACCUCCUCCUCCUCCUUCUCCGCCGCCGGAUGCACGAAGUGGGGAUGAAGGCGGCUCCGUCCCUGCUGGAAUAACUCCGAUCUCCGUUAUUUCACCGGGAUCUGACUCGAGGAGGGAAGGACGCGGAUCCUGUGAAGGUAAAAUAUCUCAGAUUAUUAGGCAGGUCUUUGUCAGAUAAGGAUGGGCCCGUCUGACCUGUCAACAACAAAGAGAAUAAUCUGUCUCACUGUGACAUAAACCUCACUCACAUUCAAAAUCCAGUGUGUCUAAAGGUUAAAAAGAAAUGUGAGAGAGAAGACAGCAUGUGCUCAGGGUCCCUGUGGAAUAUGAGUGUAGCCAUGAUAUCAUUUAAAUACUUAGAAAUAGGACAAGGUCAUUAUACCACGAGUACAUCACAGUAUGGUACUAUUACAUUAAUUAAUUAAACAUUUCUACUGUGCAGUAUUAGUUAGUAGAAAUAUUAUUUCCUCCAGUCCAACAGGGUUCGCUGCUGUCUCGGAGCUCGGAGUCUCUGUUUCCUGUCUCUGGUUGUCUUCUAUGGUCUUUGUCCCCUCAGAGACUCAGAGUGCAGAGAGGAGGAACAUGUCCGCCGUGCAGCUGCUGCGGGUGUCGGUACAUGAGCGGAUCAGCGCUGCCGCUGAAGACUUCCUGCUGCAGGUGGAGGAAGGAGGAGGAAAGGCUCGAGUCCCGGAGCUGAGAGCGAAGCUCAGCGAGCGGCUAAUGGCUGCGGUGGAGCAGAUCCUCGCGGGGCUUGAGAAAACCUUGUUAGAGUACGAGGGCCGAGUGGAGCGGGCAGAGCAGUCCGAGCGGGAGAUCUGCCGCCAGAGGAGGCUGCUCGAUGGCGUGAUGCAGCCCAAAGUCUGGCUGCACAGAGCAGUGUGUCCUGCAGACAUCAAGCAACUGAUGGUGAUUAUAGAAGAGGUUCCCCCUGAGGAGCAGGAGGACCCAGAGCCCCCCCACAUUAAAGAGGAACAGGAGGAACGGUGGACCAAUCCGGAUGGACAGAAGCUUCAGGGACUGGAGGAGGCUGAUAUCAAGUUCACAUUGACUCCUGGCACUGUGAAGAGCGAAGAAGAUGAAGAGAAACUUAAAUCGUCAAAGCUUCAUCCGAGAGAGACGAAAGAGAACAGAACGGACUGGGGAGGACCAGAACCAGCCAGGAACUCAGGUCCUGGUGGACAUUUACAACCAGGUCCUGAGGACAAGACUGAAGACUCUUCUGAGACUGAAGACUGUGAGGAUGAUUGGAUGGAGACCAGGGAACCUCAGACUGGUUGGAAUACAAACAUCCAGCAAGUGAUGGUGAAUAAAGAAGAUGUUCCCCCUGAGGAGCAGCAUUGGAGCCCCCUUGUGGACCAGGAGGACCCUGAGCCCCACCACAUUAAAGAGGAACAGAAGGAACCGUGGACCAAUCAGGAUGGACAGCAGCUUCAAGGACUGGAGGAGGCUGAUAUCAAGUUCACAUUGACUCCUGUCGCUGUGAAAAGUGAAGAAGAUGAAGAGAAACUUAAAUCGUCAAAGCUUCAGCCGAGUGAGACGAAGGAGAACAGAGCGGACUGUGGAGGACCAGAACCAGCCAGGAACUCAGGUCCUGAUGGAAGUUUACAACCAGGUCCUGAGGACAAGACUGAAGACUCUUCUGAGACUGAAGAGAGUGAGGAUCAUUGGAUGGAGACCAGGGAACCUCAGACUGGUUUGAAUACAAGAAAUAACAAACAGCCUCUAAGUGAUAUGGGAUGUAAGACAGAAAAAAAAUCGUUAAGUUGCUCUGAGUGUGGUAAAAGAUUUAACCAAAGGGGCAAUCUAAAUAUCCAUAUGAGGAUUCAUACAGGAGAGAAACCGUUUAGUUGCUCCGAGUGUGGUAAACUAUUUAACCAUAGGGGCCAUCUAAAUAUCCAUAUGAGGAGUCAUACAGGAGAGAAACCGUUUAGUUGCUCCGAGUGUGGUAAACGAUUUAACCAUGGGGGCCAUCUAAAUAUACAUACGAGGAUUCAUACAGGAGAGAAACCGUUUAGUUGCUCUGAGUGUGGUAAAAGAUUUAUCCGUAGGGACAGUCUAAAUAUACAUAUGAGGAAUCAUACAGGAGAGAAACUGUUUAGUUGCUCCGACUGUGGUAAAAGAUUUAACCAAAGGGGUGAUCUAAAUACACAUAUGAGGAUUCAUACAGGAGAGAAACCGUUUAGGUGCUCUGAGUGUGGUAAAAGAUUUAGCCGUAGGGACAGUCUAAAUAUACAUAUGAGGAAUCAUACAGGAGAGAAACCGUUUAGUUGCUCCGACUGUGGUAAAAGAUUUAACCAAAGGGGUGAUCUAAAUACACAUAUGAGGAUUCAUCCAGGAGAGAAACCGUUUAGUUGAUCUGAGUGUGGUAAAAAAUUUAAGAUUCAGUCCUAUUGUACGAGACAUUUGAGGAUUCAUAAAGGAGAGAGGCGACACAGUUGCAACUUUUGCAACAAAAGACUUAUUAGGAUUUAUCAGCAGUUAUUUAUAUUAUACAUAAUUAAGUUCACUGUUUUAAAUAGACUUAACAGUUUUUAUGUCCCUAUAAAAUAUUAAUCAUUGAAAAACACGAAAGAUCUGUGUUGAUAUAUCUCGUUUGUACUGAUUUCUACAUAAUUUCUCUAUUUUUCAUAUUGUUCUUCAUGUUGUUUUAUGGUUAAAGUGUGUUCAUUGAACAGUAUGAAUGUGUGUUUUAAACUAGUUCAUAUGAUUAAAUAAGUUUGUUUAAAACAAUGGUUUCUUGGUUCGUGAGAUUCAAUGACAGUGUAUGUUCUCCUUCAUGUAUUGAAUGUGUUUCCAAGAAUAAAAGGAUAAUGGCGUC